AUGUGGAGUGUGAAACUGGACGACAAGCCCUUUGUUUAUUCAAUCUUCGGAAUCCAAUAUCCCAGCGGAGUCCCCACCGGAUCCCAAAAAAAUCUCACGGAAGAAUUCAACGGCCUGAUUUCCGGGCACGCAGCACAUAUUGACCGACUGAUACAAGAUAGUUGUGCCACUCCGUUCACAGGGAAGUCACACAUCUGGCUCGCGUACUGGAUGUCCCGCGCGGACUACCAGAGUUGGUGGACCCGAGAUGACGUAUUUAAAUUUUGGGAUACCCUUCCUGUCGACGCGGGUAUAUGGAGAGAAAUUCUGAUACCAUUUCCUCGACGGAGUCAGUAUGGAGCCAACCAGACAGAGCCCUCUGGCCUCGGACGCCUCGGAGAAAGAUUCGACAUCGGGCAUAAAGCGGUCUACUGGGGGUGUUAUCGCCACCAAAUGGCUGACCACACUUCUGAUGGAAUGGUGUCUUCAGUUGAGAAGGCAUUGAAGCCUAUCCGGCCCUUUGAGAGUCCGUCAACUGGAAUAUCGAGUCUUGAGAGCCGCCCUGGUCGGGUUCACUUGACGCAGUUCCCCGACAACAUAUGCUUCGUUGUUGAAGGCCAAGAUCAUUCUGCUAUCACGGCCGAAGAGAGGAAAUAUUUGUUUGAGAGUUUUGAUGAUUCGGUCACUCGUUGGAUAAAAGAUCUCAUGGAGGCAGGACCCGAGUCGGGAAUUCUGGAUGGACGGAUAUGUUAUGAGCCUGAAAGUGGUGUGUUCCGCGAGAAAGAACCCCAGGCCCUGAACUACAACAAGAAAGUUCAGUUGUUCUAUUUCAAGGAUUUACAGCACAUGGAGAAGAUUGGGCGACAGAAUAAAGGGCACGUUGAUUUGCGGAAGCGAUUCCUGGAGGCAUAUGGCCCUGAUGGGCAGAUGAUGACUGGGAAAUCUCGCUAA